CAGAAAGAGAAACAGAAGUGAAGAGGGAGAGAGAGAAGCUGAAAGAACGAGACAGAAAGCGGUGGAAAUAGACAAAGAAAAUAGACUAGACACGCAAAACCCACGCACACAUAAAUAGACACAAACACACACACACACACGUCAUUGGUAACAUAUAAACACAUAUACAUCGCUCACCUCAACGCACCAUUUACUCCACAGCAGCCAACAGUUCGUGGGAAUCCCCUCUUCAAUAAUGUAUGUUCGUUGAUUCUCUACUUUCUGGACAAAUUCACACAACAGUUAUGACAUCAAACAGUAAAAGAAAAGAAGAAAAAGACUGUGGGAUGGAAGCUGACCUUAGUCCUUUCAAGAGAUUGCGUAUCAAUGUCCCAGCAACUCAAAUCUCACAGGAACGAAUGAGCAAAUAUAAGAAAGAAGCUGUCAAAAAUCUGCGGAAACAAGGUCAAUUGAAGUUGUCAAUCUACAUGAAUUCUGGCAUGCUGACAGUAAAUGAGGUGAUUGAUGUUGAUUUGGUUAUUUAUCCUAGAUCUCCAAAUCUGACAUGGUCAGUAGUGUCUGGUGUUAGAAAUAAGUCAUUACAUGAUUCUGAAAGACUUCCAGUUUUUGUUGUGCAACAGAAGUCCAGUUGA